AAUGUGUGUGUAAUUUGCAUCGGGAUCGGUGCUUGAAUGUAAACACGUGUUGUUACUUUCACUUUCAAUUUUGCCUUCUUGCAAGCCGUCAAGCAAUCUAAAAUGAAUGAAAAUAAUGACUCAAAGAAGCCAAAGUUGGAUCUAGGAUCUGGCGAUGAUGAAGAUUGCCAUGAUAGUGAUGUCGAUUUUAAGUUUAGCAACGAACUUGCACUGGAAAAAAUACGACAAUUACAGGCGAAGUUUUGCAAGGAGAGAAAUUGGGACCAGUUUCACAAACCUAGAAAUGUUCUGCUUGCUUUAGUUGGGGAAGUAGGGGAGUUGGCAGAAAUAUUUCAGUGGAAAGGUGAAGUUAGUGUUGGAAUUCCAGAACUCAGUGUUAAAGAGAAGGAACAUGUGGGACAGGAAUUGAGCGACAUUUUGAUCUAUCUCGUCCGAUUAGCAGACAGAUGUCAGAUAGAUCUACCGUCAGCCGUGCUACAGAAAAUACACCAAAACGGACUCAAAUAUCCCGUACAGAAGGUCUACGGCAAAAAUAACAAAUACACUGAUUAUGUUACAGAGAGCAAGGAAGAUGAAGAAAGAACUUGAUAAUCAUGACCAACAGAAAAAGAACAUCUCAAGUAUUCAGAUGUAGUCCAAAAUUGUAAACUAGUUCUACCAGUGAAAUGGGAAACAUAGAAACAGACAAUCAUUGAAAGCCGUAGUGGACACUGCAUCAUUUUUAAUUAAUAGUUGAUGUUCAAAUAUUUUUGUUGAUUGUUAGUUGUCAUGAAAUUUAUGAAUCAUUUAUGUAGCUAUCACAUGUAAAUAAUUUUUUAUAAUUAAUUAUCAAAACACAGAGUAAGUAAAAUUUUAACCCCUCAUUCUUAUCGUGUAUCCUUUUUUAUGUCAGUGCAUUCUCAGCAUUAUGCACCAAAUCUUCAUAGGGAGUGUUUCAUGAGCUCUGAUUUGAAUUAAUAUUCAGUAUACAACACGGUUUGAAGUAAUGGUUUGUGAG